GAACACACAGCAGCACAUCCGUAGCCAUUUUGGCUCAUGCCUGCCUCGGGCGCGCGCGCGCGGGCGUCUGGGCACGAUGGCGCGGGAUGUCGCCCCGUGUGGCGACAGUCGGCCUGAUGCGAGCGGCGGCCCUGGCUGGCCAUCCUCGGGCAAGCGUUGGGAGUCGCGCAAGGCAGCGGCUGCGGCGGCUGAGGCAGCCGUGCACCGCCUGUCGCUCGAGGCGCGGGCCUGGCACAGGCUCUACGAGGACCUGGCGGCGGCCCUCGGGGCUACGGGCGCGGACGGCGAGCUGGGCAGGCGCUUGGCAGCGGCCGCCCCUGCCUUGGCUGCCCUCAUCCGUGGGGAGGUGCCGAGUGCGGUCGAGCGCCUGAGACGGAACGUGGCCGUCCAUUCGGAAGCUGAGGGCAUCGACCUGCUGGACGCUGGGGCCGCGCAGCUCCGCGUGGCGCAGCACGGCCCGAGGCUCGGCGCAAAGCCCGCGGCUCCCGAGGCGGGCGCCUUCGGCGGUGCCUUAGGGGAGCGGCUGGACGAGGAGCCUGACGAGGAUGUGUGCGCACUACUGGCAGGCGCGGGGGCGGCGGGCCCGCUUCCUGAACUGCCCGCUGGUGCGCUGCAUGCUGUGGACCUGGAGAAGGCCCUCUCGGAACCGCAGUGGGCGCCAGGCAUGUGGGCCAAGGCGCAUGCCGAGACGGUGUCCUUCGUUUCGGGCCUGGCGGCGGGGUGGCACCUGGCUGAGCGCGAGCCUCUGCUGCCACCGGGGGCGCGGUGCACGUGUGGUGCCGUUGUCUUCUCGGCCCCGCCGGUGGCCUCCGAGGUGCCCCUGGCGGCUUGGCAGACGGAGUGCGCCCUGGCGCCGCCGCCGCGCCCAGCGCUCCUGGAGUGCAGGUCAGGAUCACAAGUGGGAAGAGUGGCAGCCGCCGCGGCCGCGUCCGACGACCUGUUGCUGGGCGCGCUGGGCAUCGUGGGCUACGACGGCGAGAGAGAGUGCGGCUGCGACGGGGACGACCGCGGCGCCUUCGUGGACCAUGCCGUGCCUGCGGCUGGCGUGUCCUCGCCGCUGCUUUUGUCCGUCGGUGGCCGCUUGGGCGAGGCCGUCAGCCACAACGACGGUGACGACGACAGCGUAGGCGGCCAGGGACAGGAGCAUGCCGACUGCGAUGCGGCUACUGCCUGCUCCGCCACCGCUGAGUCGGCGCUCAGAAGAGUGAUCGCGGACUACCUCGGCGAGAACGAAGCCGCACUCCUCCGUGGAGACGGAGACGGCGGUCGAGCUGCCGCGAGGCUCGCUGAGCUGGCCCUGCCGACCGAGGACGCCGAGGGCGAAGUGCGGCGAGAUUGGGGUCGUGAGCGAAUGUUCUCUGAGUUUUGCCUCCUGCAUUUGUUGUGCACGUUGUGUAUUUGCAAUGCAGUCGAGCUGGGCGUUCAGUGAGUUAUGCCUCCUGCAUUUGAAUGUGCACGUUGUGUAUUUGCAAUGCAGUCGAGUUUGGGUUGUAAGUUUGCCUCCUGCAGUUGAAUGUGCACGGUGUGUAUUUGCAAUGCAGUCGAGCUGGUGAUUAUGUGAGCUAUGCCUCCUGCAUUUGAAUGUACACGUUGUGUAUUUGCAGUGCAGUCGAGUUUGGGAUGUGAUCAUGUGUAGCUUUUGUUCGCGCAGUGCUUGCAUGAUUGGCUUGGGCGGGUUGGGGGCCUGAGCCUGUGGCUUUGCCGUCCGCCUUCCCUGGCCCGUGCUGAGAGGCGGCCCAAGGUGGCCCCUCUCGGGUGGGCGUGUCUCUGGACUCGGCUUCUUUCGGGAACGCGGGUCCCGUCUGGCCCUGUCUGCGUUUCUGGCCACCACUUGCCUCGAAGGCCCCGUCUUUAACUUUAACUUUAACACGCAGCAGCACGGCAGAGCACGCAGGAGCACGGCAGAACACGCAGGAGCACGGCACUUGCGCAGCGCACACUAAGAAAGUAGGAUAUCGAACAGGACACAAAAGGA